CUCCAGAUGGAGGCGGCGGCAGCCAAUGAGAGGGCGGCUUCACAUCCGGGGCUCCCGGCGCGGCCGUCGCCUCCCGCUCACACACGGCCAUGGCGGAGGCCUCGGCGGGGAGGCAGAGCCCGCGGGUGGUCUCCUACCCAGCUCACAGCCUAUGCCCCGAGGAGCCCGGCCUGCAGACAGCAGCAGUUGUGUCCAUGGGCUCUGAUGACCACCGUUUCAACCUAUCAGAGAUCUUGUCCCAAAACUACGGUAUCCGAGAAGAACAGGAGGGUGAAACUCGGGACAAAGAAAAAUCAUUAGAAGAACUGGAGAAAAGCUUCAACACAUCUCAGAGCAGCGACAUGCCGUUUGAAGAGCUGCUUGCACUCUAUGGCUAUGAAGCAUCAGAUCCAAUUUCAGAGCAGGAGAGUGAGGGAAAUGACAUUGCCCCCAACCUCCCAGAUAUGACCCUGGAUAAGGAACAAAUAGCGAAGGAUUUGCUUUCAGGGGAAGAAGAGGAGGAGACACAGUCAUCAGCUGAUGACCUAACCCCAUCUGUCACUUCCCAUGACGCAUCGGACCUGUUCCCCAACCAGGCCAGCUCACAUUUCCUUGCUGAUGAAGACAAAGAGCCUUGUUUUUCUUCCUCAUCUGACUCAGAAGAAGACUCUCUGCCCUCCAACGAGUGUAAGAAAGAGAUCAUGAUUGGACCUCAGUACCAGGCUGUGAUUCCCACCCUUCACUUAAACAGACACAGUGAAAAAGUCUAUGAGAAAGAAGACCAGCUGUUGUGGGAUCCUAAUGUCCUUCCUGAAGGGGAAGUAGAAGAGUUUCUGUACCGGGCAGUGAACCGGCAGUGGGACGAGAUGACCACCUCUCAGAUCCCUGUUGGGGUAACUGUGAAAGACAAUGAGCAGGCCCUGUAUGAGCUGGUGAAAUGCAACUUCAAUGUGGAAGAGGCACUUCGGAGGCUGCGGUUCAAUGUGAAAGUGAUCCGAGAUGAACUUUGUGCAUGGAGUGAUGAAGAAUGCAGGAAUUUUGAACACGGCUUCAGGGUCCAUGGGAAAAAUUUCCACCUGAUACAGGCAAACAAGGUGCGCACACGGUCAGUGGGUGAGUGCGUGGAAUACUACUAUAUGUGGAAGAAGUCUGAUCGUUAUGAUUACUUCACCCAGCAAACCCGCUUCGGCCGGAAGAAGUACGUCCAGCCCGGAGCCACGGACUUUGCGGACAACGACUUGGACAAUGGGGAGGUAGAAGGCUCUGGCCGCUCACGGAGCUCCCCGCCUGUUCCCUCUGCCACAGACUGCCUGGACUCCACAUUCCCCCAGGACCACUUGGCAAUGGAGAGCACAGAACCUCUCAGUGUGGAGAGUGCAGCCUGCAGCCUGGGCAGCCUGAGCGAGUCCGGCCAAUGCAGCACACCCUCAGAGGCCAACUGCUCCUUGGACCCCGCUGAGGAGCCCUCGGGCAUCCCUCUGCCCCAACGGUCCCUUACCCCAGCUAACGUAGGCUUCUAUCCGCUGCCAGCAGUAGACAAGGCAGAGCUGGAGCCAGCCCCUGCUGGACGGCUGGCAGUGGACUUGGCUUUGCCUGCAGCGCUCCCUGGAGAGGAGCUGCCUCUCAUCUCCGGCCAUGUGGAUUUGGACAGAGACGCGGAGGAAGCUGUGGCCCCUGCCCAGGUGGCUCUGUCGGUCACAGAUUUUGGACUUCUUGGCAUCGGGGAUGUCAAUCCUUUCCUGGCCGCCCACCCCGCCUGCCCAGCCCCCGUGCUGCACCCUGAGCCCUUGUCACACUGUAACGUGAUGACCUGUUGAUUUGUUAAUCUGGGGGCAGGUGUGUGCACCAAGACUCCUCUCUGUUAACGCGUCACUGUUUUCAGACUAUAGGGCUCUGGCUGACUUCUCUUCCCCCUUCUGCCCAUGCCAGGCCUGUCCUGCUAUCGCCUCUGUCAGAGCCCUCCCACCCCCACUUCCAUCCUGCUCCUCCCAGGCCUUGGUCAGCUCCUCCAUUCUGGAAGGUGGAUCUAAGGGGACGAGGAGCUCUGGGCCUGCCGGGCCCUUGAUGACUGACCUUUCCAGACACAGCCACAUCCCGGGGUUGGGGCAGAGAAAGUUCCCUGAAACAGUGCUCGGUAGGGUCCCAAGCCUCCCAGCUCAACUUGAAACCUGGUAGUGAUUCCCAGGGCAGAGUAGAGUGGGUGCAAGGGGACAGCCUGUAGGGGGUGGAAGGAGGAGGACCUAGGCCUCUCAGCCCCUCCCUGGACUUCCGUUGCUGGCAGCGGACAUGACGGCCUUUGGGACAACUCCAGCACUGUAAGGAUGAGCCCUCUGGGAGGGGUCUGCUGAGACUGUCAGCCUCGCCCGGAAAAGGGGCCCCCAGCACCUUUACAAAGGUCAGAGCCACUCCCCCAAUGGGGGGAGGCGGGCUCUGGGGGACGUGGCACCUGGCCCAGCCCCUUCCACCAGCAAUCUCCCCCAGCCUGAUGGCAGCUCCUGACUUCGUCAGCAUCAAGGCUUGGGCACAGGGAAAGACAUUCCCUUCUGGAGAAGGACCUCCCUCGGGGCAUGUGGAGAGAGGACAGCAGGAUGGCCAGCUGCUGCUCAUGGUGCCAAAUAACGUGGGGGGCAAGGGUGGGGCAGGGCCCGGACUCGGAGCCAUAUACCUCCUGACUGUGUUUGGGCCCUUGGUGACUCCUGUCAGCUCCCCUCCACUUCAGGUCAAGCAGCACUUUACACUCACUCCUUGCUCCUCCCACCACCCCUGUGUCACAGUGGCCACUGGCCCUGGUCGAAUGACCUCACUUCCCAGGCCUCCUCUGCUCCCGAGGGCCCAACAGGCCCAGAGAUCCCAGAUCUCCACUCUGUGAAACGGAGGGAGAGAGGGCCCUCUUCUGGCUUGGCCCUGGCCGAGCUGCAGGGGUGGAGGCCAUAUGGGAGUGUGCAGCCUCUUGGCUUGCAUAAAGCAAGCAGCAGCCACAGCUUGAUUUCAGAAUCGCUGAGGGCUCUUGGGAAGGAGGCAACCUCCUCCCCCUGGCAAUAUAGAGAGGGCACUUGUCCAUGCCCAUGUUUCCUCCAAGCCUUGAUUUUGUUUUCUGCAGAAUGGCUGGAGGGCUUUGUUCUUUUUUUUUUCUCUUCUCUUUCCCCAGCCCCUCCUUUCCCAUUUAUUUAUAUUUCUGUUGUUUACAAAUCAGUGGGCUCCUGAAGGUUAGGCAGGGGCCAUGGCUUCUUCUGCCCCCCCCCUCCCCCAAGGUCCAUAUGUCAUGAAGCACAUUUGUUUUUCCCCCUGAGCUGUUCCUGAGGGCCAGACUCAAACCCUCCCCUAAGGACCACACUGUGAAGUGAAAACUGCCUUCAAUAGCCCUCGCCGUUAUUUAUUAAAUUUGAUUUGAAGUCAAA